UCCGAGGAUCUGAUGACGGAGGGAGCGCACUGUCUUCUCCAGGAGCGCAUUAGCCCACAAAACACAGGAGCACACACACACACACACGCACACACACUGCACCUCCGGCCAGUGGGAUGAGACCCGUGUGUCGGACUGGGAUGCAAAUUUAAGUUAAGAAGUUGUUUGCUCCUCCUUCUGCUGUUACUAUUAUUUGUUUAUUUUUGGAGGUGGAGACCUGUUCGGACGAGCGCGUUUCCACUCUCCAGGAGCGCGCAGUGUGGCACACGCUGGAACAAACAACAGCUCAGUGCAGCGAGUGCAGCGCAGGCAGGUUUCCGUUUUAAAAGCAGCAGGAGAGGCACGAGAGUUACGGAGUCCGCGUGGAAGCGGUGUCGGUGCAUGAGGAAGACGGACAGCGGGAUAUUGAGAAAAAAAAAUCUGCGGCGGAACUUGGAUAUGGCGGGUGUGAAGACGUUCGACCUUCUCGUUGGAGUUGUUUUAGUUUUGCAGUGUGUGGGGGAUUCCCGAGCCGAGAUCACAGCCAGCAGCGGGGUCUCUUACUCAUAUGUUCAGGGGCAGGCAGGAGAUGAGGACGCAGCAGUGGACGUGAAGCUGUACAGUCACCGGUGGAGGAGAUGGCUUCCCCCAAAACCUCGUAACAUGGACAGCAACAGGGCCAGUCAGGAGCAGGACCAGGAUCCUGAGCAGGAGGAGCCCGAUGGCUUUCCAGGCCUGCUGUCUGCAGAGGAAACAGACAACAGCUCCCAGAUAGAGGAGGAUACAGAUCACAACUACUACACAUCAAAAACAUACAACCCGUCAGAUCCGAUGAGCAAGGACUUGUGGGUAGAUAUCGACCAAAUGGACAAGGACAAAGUGAAGAUCCAUGGGAUUCUGUCCAACACACACAGACAAGCAGCGAGAGUUAAUCUGUCCUUCGAUUUCCCUUUUUAUGGACAUUUCCUGCGUGAAAUCACCGUGGCGACUGGUGGGUUCAUCUACACAGGUGACGUGGUCCACCGGAUGCUAACAGCUACACAGUACAUCGCUCCUCUAAUGGCAAACUUUGACCCCAGUGUCUCCAGAAACUCUACUGUCAUUUACUUUGACAACGGUACUGCUCUGGUGGUGCAAUGGGACCAUGUCCACCUACAGGACAACUACAAUCUGGGAAGCUUCACCUUCCAGGCAACACUGCACAACACCGGCAGGAUUGUUUUUGCAUACAAAGAGAUCCCCAUUGAGGUGUCACAGAUCAGCUCUGUCAAUCACCCGGUGAAGGUGGGCCUGUCUGAUGCCUUUGUAGUGGUCCACAAGAUCCAACAGAUACCCAACGUUAGGCGGAGGACGAUCUACGAGUACCACCGCGUGGAGCUGACGAAGAUGAAGAUCACCAAUUCUACAGCCGUGGAAAUGAUGCCUUUACCAACCUGUCUCCAGUUCACCAGCUGUAGCGCGUGCAUCUCCUCACAGAUCAACUUCAACUGCAGCUGGUGCCAUCGGCUCAACAGAUGUUCCAGUGGCUUUGAUCGCCAUCGGCAGGACUGGGUGGACAACAGCUGCCCAGAUGAGACCAAGGACAAGAUGUGUGACAUCAUCGACACCACGUAUGUCUACCCCUUUACCACCACAAUUGCCCCAAAAACAACAUCCAGGAGCAAAGAGGCCACUGCCAGGGACACACCCUCCACCUCCCACCCUCCCACCAGCGUCCCCACUGAAGAUGAUACCAAGAUCGCACUGCAUCUCAGAGACAACCAGGUGCUGCCUGCAGACAGUGCUGUAGACAGGAAGCCAGGUACACACCCUUUGCACACUGGUCUGAUCCUCGGCAUCCUCCUGGUGAUGCUUGUCAUGGUUGGCGGCGUGCUGGUCACCGUGUACAUCUACCAUCACCCGACCUCUGCAGCAAGCCUCUUCCUCAUUGAGAGACGCCCAAGCAGGUGGCCAGCCAUGAAGUUUCGCCGGGGGUCAGGUCACCCAGCCUACGCAGAGGUGGAGCCAGUGGGCCAGGAGAAGGAGGGCUUCAUCGAGUCCGAGCAGUGCUGAGGGAGGAGGGGGUGUCUGCAUCCCCGCGGCCCCCCUCCUGUGACGGGCCUCCUCCCUCCUGCUCCACAGGGACUUCUCACCAGGAACCCUCCAGGAUCUGCUUAACAGUGUACACAAUGACUCGUUAAGACUGCGGAAUUUGUCGGUUGAGCGCUAGAUGGGACUGGAUACAGCAGCCGACGAUAUGAGCAAAUAAGAAAGCCCUUCAAACUGAUCCCAGGCAAACCCAUUGUUCAGCUCCUGUUGGCAAAGAAAUUACCUACUGGGGACAGAGGGAGGGAACAGCGUUGAUGUCAUCGACUCAGUCAGCAUUGGUUAUGUUUUGCCAUGGAGGGAUUGAACAGCCUGACUGCCUAGACUGGAUACUGGUGUGGUUGAGGGGGGAGCAGGGUGAAUUACACAAUAUAUAUUUUCAGAAACAAUACAGAGUAUGUGAACAGAGAUUUCCACUUUAUUGUCGGUGGGGUUAUACUAUAUAGGCCUUGAUAUAUCCAUCAGGUUUUUACUUAUUUUCCUUUUUCUUUCAGUAUGUUGUUUUCACAGGGGUUGGCACAUUUAGUAUCUGUACAGACCAUCGGUAUUGCUUUUCAAUACCAUAGCAGGUUUUAUUGACUUUUCCACUGCCUGCUCUACACAGAGAGGAUGCAGCUGUGCGAUAUGACGUGAGCUGAAAGCCCGUCACUGCAAUUGAUUGCAGCUCGGAGAAAAGCUCAAAAUUUCAGCAGCGCUGUUAAAUUAGUUUGUGAUGUUUGACGGGUUUAAUUUUCUAAAAAAAAAUAAGUGUAAGAUGUUUUUUGUUCACUGAGAAUAUCUGUGUUUUUUUAAUGGGUGAUGGGCACACGCUAUCUUUCUUAAUCAUUUGAUUGGUUCUUUGAUUGAUUCCUCACUUAAUGGAUAUAAUUUUACUGUAUGUAUUUUGUUUUGUUUUUAUUUUCGCAGUUUUUUCAUUACUGCUGUGCCAUUUUGUCCCCAACUAGAGUUUGCACAAUUUUUUUCUCAUUUGACAUGUGGUACUAAUGCAAAAUUACAAGACAGGCGCUUGUGAGUGUGUAUGCUGAAUAUAUUUUCUUAAGUGGUUGUGUGUGUGUGUGUGUGUGUGUGUGUGUGUGUGUGUGUGUGUGUGUGUGUGUGUGUGUGUGUGUGUGUGUGUGUGUGUGUGUGAGAAAAUGCAAAAGAGAGCAGUUUACAUUAGUGAUUGGAUAUCCACCUGCUUUAUGGGUGCAUAUGUUUGAGCUGGCUCUGCACAGGUGAUUCUUAUUGAUUUGAAUCUGAGGUAUCUGGAUAAAGUUUGUGUGAGCCAGAAAACAAACUGGUAUGGUUGGAAUUUCCCUUGAUUUUUACAGUUUAGUUUCCUUUUCCAAUAUGUUGCCAGCAUAACCAUAAACUAGUCUGUUCUGCUCAUUCGUGACAACACAUUAAUGUAUAUACCAAGGCCAAAACAUUUGCAGAUUCAGGUAACUCAUGGCAAACAUUUUUUAGUAUAGCAGAUUAGUACAGAAAAACUUUUUUUAUUUUUUAUGAGUGGCCUUUUUUCUCUACUUUUUUACGUAAAUGUGAAUACUGUUCCAAUCAUUACUGUCACCAAUCAAUACACAAGGCUUCUGACUGAACAAAUUCAAACAUUCACUUUUACUGUUAAAAAUGUAAUCUCGAGACAAAAUCAUGUUUUUACACCAAUGAUUGUAGACUCAUUUUAGAUCAGUAUCCUGGAAAUCUACUGAAAAAUAAAAAGUGCAAUAUUACACCCAUUCAGUUUGACACUGUAAAUAGCCUACUUAAAAAUAGCAAUUAUCUGAAUAUUUUCAUUUUAAUUUUUAAUUCACACCUUGUCGUCAUCACAUUGAGACCAAAGACUAAUCAGCGUUAUAUUUUCAAGUAUUUACCUCAACCUCCCCACUGCCUCAGCAGCUAUACCACUAUCCACAACAUACCAGCUAUUGUAGCUUUAGUUUUUUUGUUAUAGUGGUAUUUUACUGACAUUUACAAUGUGUCAUAUAAAAACUGCCCCUCCUCCUAACAACGAUCGUCCAAUCGUAGUUUAGCAAUCUGUCGCGUUUUGGAUUUCUCCACACAUGUUCAAGCGGUGUUACAUGGGAUUAAAAGAAAGAUAGUUUGAAUUAUGUAUAUUCUUUAUAUACUUUGCCAAUUUUAAACCAGCUCUGUGUCAUGACACUGUGUGUGCAGAUUUAACGGCUUCCCUCCGGCACUAGUUUUUUACUCAAUGCAGAGUGAUGCUGGUGGGUAUUAUAUGAACCAAUCAGAUUGCUUGAUUUGAGCUUCCCCUUUAGUCAGCUAGCUAGCUGCAUGACGUUAAUUGAGCUGCAUUAGUUGUGUUAUAAUACAUCCGUGGUUGUGUUACAGGUUGAGUGUAAAAGCCCCGUUCACCACUAACAUUGUUUCAUCCAGAUGGUUAGCUAGAAGAGUGUUUUUAUGAUUUUGAAAUACUGACAGGACAGCGGUAAGUGUUUUUACAAUUCUGGGGUUUUCAAACAUUGGGUAACGUUAGCUAACUGUAUGCUAGCUAGCUAAUACAAAUGUGUCUGCCUUCGAAAUAAUAUGUAACAUUAGCCGUCAUGUGCAACUUUAAGCUCCAUUUUACAAAAUGUGUGUUUUAAAAUAAAGUUUUCAACCCA